CCCCUUCCCGGAUGAUAUGCAAGGUAUGUUUGCAAGUUUCCCACUUGUCCGUUCCAGUUGCGUUUACUCAUUUAUACAACUGCUGCAGCCAACAGACGUUCUUUUUUACAAUCUAAACGAGUGCGCUUCUUCGCCUCAAAAUAUGCCAGAAGUACAUCCUCCUCCCUGUCCUCCUCCGCAAUCAAGGAUGAAAAUGACGACAUUGACGGCAACAGCGACAUUAAUACCGAAGAACAAAACAUGGACGCUUUAUCCAAAUCGCGCAAUGUACUUGCCAACUUUGCUGAUGCCGAAAGCGAUGUCAACCUUACUCAUGUGCUGUCCCAAUACCAGGCUCACCUGAACAAGGUACACGAGAUUUUGCUUCAGAUGCACGCGAUCCAUGACGAAAAUCCUUGGGCAUUCAACCCUGUGUGCACGACGCUUCACGGCAAAUGCGGCGACGGCAACGAGGUAACGCAUGAAUACAAAGGUCAGCAAGCGCUGUUUCAGAGCUCAGAGAGCGCCCGAUUAAAGCAGAUCCUGGAUAAACAUCGAGGCGAUAUCAACCCCGCAUUGUACCGGUACCUGUUUGAAGCAAAGAUGGCACGGAUCACCACGCAGGCACUCAUUGAUGACACUUUAUGGUCCCUGCAGAGCCGACCUCAGCUGCGAAUGAAUGCAGGGCAAAUCCAACCCGAACAGCAGCAACAACAGGAUUUGGUGGUUAUACGACGACUCCUCUAUUCCCUCUUUGCGGCAGAGCGACGCUACAGUCAUGAAACAACAUUGCAACAUACGAAAGGAACAGCAGAGGAUAUAGAGACUGAAGAAGUGUCAGCAUUUGUCAAGGACGUGCGGACAUGGAUACUGCAUGUUUCUGCGGCAUACCUUCGACUCGCCCCAUUGCAUGGUCGUAUAGUGUUGUUGCUGCAUUUGUUGGGAUCUCCUGGAACGACACAGUGGGCCGCGCCGCUGAUUCAGUACACAUAUCGACCAGACGAGCAUCACUGGUCUGUCUUUAUGAACGAGUACAUUGUCAUGCUCUGCAUCCUAUUUGACAGCUCUCUCCACAAACACUUGAAACCGCAAUGGAACGAAGACGAUUAUCUGGUUGCCCUGGAUCAGCUUGCUAUUGUCCACGAUUUCGACACUCUAUCAGCCGCAGUACUCGGACAACGUGACAGCAAUCAAUCACUUUUUAUUUUUGCGGAUCAGUUGGUUGCGGUUCUCAACAUCGGCAUCAAAACUUUUGCGGAUCAGCAAUACACUAACGCGAUGAAGCGACUGGCCCAAGUGAUAUGCCAGAUCGCACAGGUGCUGGCAGAUCGGAUGUCUGCAAACGAUGAGCGCAAAGAGCAAGAGAAGCAGUAUCUCGACGACUUCUUAAUCAAGGUGAUUGAUGGGUAUUUGCAAAUCCAGGAAGCCAAGGUGUGGCACUUUCUUCCGGCAUUACCGUUCCGUGCAGUAUCCAUCCGCGCUCUAUGGAAAAUCGCACUGUCGUUGCUUGAUAUUGACAGCUACAUCGAGCCACAAGAUCUGCAGCACACGCUGGAUAACCUUCCGGAUAUUACAAAGAUCCUUGCUUUUCUGGAGCAAAGUCAGAUCCAAGGUGUUUUCUUGCUAGGCUGCCUGUCAAAUGUCAUCACAAGUAUACCCAUCCCUUCUGCAGACCCGGACGCCGAGGACACAGAAAAUCGAGAGAUCGCAUCAUGUCUGAUCGCAGUUGUUGCAAAUACCCUAUUCACCACCGCUUUUGUGGACGACAACCUUCGCGAAAUAUACUACAAAGACGUCAGGGACAGCUUUGGCUCAAUUUGUACUUCACAGCCGUUUACAAUAUCGCUGCUGCUACGUUGGACCGUGUCAAACUUUGACACUAUGGAGGGAAUGGCUGUGUACUUGUUUCGCUCGCUACCCUUGUCUCGAUGGAAAGUGCUCCAGAGUGAUCUGAUUCUCUUACACGAGCUGCUUGCUGAAGGGGCCACUGUACCUGGAAGUGCCAAAACCGGGUUCGCGCGGUACGUGAUUGAACAUUUGAAUUACGGGUACGACGAAAAAGAAGACCCGGCAGUAUCCAUCUCGCAACCUUGGCAUUCACGGAAACUGCCAUUCUUGCCAUACGGAGUCCAUGAAGAGCUAGCGUUUAUGCUGCUGGAUGUUUUGCAGUUACACAACCCGUUACCCGACGCUGACAAAAACGCACAUCUUAUCCGGGCUGUCGGGGCAUCUGUUUCGGCCUAUUUGCCAACAAAAACACAACAGCUUCUUUCCUCGGCUGCAGCACGUGUGGCAUCACCAGGAACGAAGGUGACAGAAGCACAGAAUGUCGUCACUGAGUGGUCAUGGAAAAUUGCGCUCCAACUAAAGCUCUACGACUGUGCACUAUCCGAACGCGCGCCCGAAAUCGAAAACUCGAUAACUGGAGCCUUUCUCAAGGAUAUGCUACACGGCCAUCCAGAUCCUACAGCCUCACAUGGAGCGCUUCUGGUGUACAUUUCGUUCUUGUUGUCUCCUACAAGCCGCCAUUUUCUCCGAUUUGAAAGUGCAAAUGGCUGGGAUAAGCUCCUGUUGAUUCUACGUCGCGGGCGACCGGAAGCGGUGGUGCAGAUCUUGGCGGAUAUCAUCCCAACAUUUGUUUAUAUGCACGGUGACGACUUCUUCAACGACGAAAAUGUGCUCAACUUUCUCCGGCAGAUGGUGGAUUUCAAGGCUGAUCCGAUGCUGGCGCACGCUGUUUCCGGGUGGAUGCCUGGCAGUAAGACUCUGUUUACGAUGGAUAUGGAUGGCGUUGCUAUGGUAAUUGGAUCGCAUAUCUGGCACGGAAUGUUUAUCGACUCAGUUGACCAGGUGGCAGGAGAAAGUGGCGGAUUCUCUUAUCGCGAUCUGGUUUUGCACUCAUGGACUAAGACUGUGUUCAGAAAGAAGGACUGGAUGUGGAGUGAUCACUACGUAUCUGUCAUGGAUUGUAUCUGUAAGUUUGCGUUCUGCCUACGGCGCCACGGCCUGGUCCGCUCUAUGCUCGGAGAAGAACAGAAAAAGCUUCAGAAUAAUCGAAAUCAGCAAGCAUCUCCCAAACUCGGUCCAGCAGCUGGUCAACAACAGCAUAACCAUCAGCGUAACCCGCUUCGACUGAUCAAGAACAUGCUUCCCGACGCUGCAUACACCAGCUUAUUGGCCGGCGAAUGGUCUCUGGCAUCGGUCACAGCAAACAACCUGUUUCGGACACCUGGUGUGGAGCAAAAUUCGCUAUGGUUUGCAUACGAUGUUCUAACGUUGGAGACGGUUGAAGAAGAAAGUGAUCGAGCGAUCGUCGCCGAGGCCUGUGCGAACACGACGAGCGAUUUGGCCGAUAUGGACAUUGCAACUGUACUAAAGUCGCAAGAAGUCCAUGUUGAGAAACCCGUCGAUUUCUUUUCAAUUUAUCGCUGGCUGCAACACGUGCUUAUUUGCCCAGCAGACCAUCCAAUGAUGCCACUGUUUCUGCAAAUGUUCUUCAGCCUCUACUAUGCGAACAUUGAAAAAGACGGUCGACGCACCUUUUACGGACGUCUUUUCUUCACAAAGAAACAAGACAUGAUCGAAAAACUGCGCGACAGGGUUGCCUAUCUACAAACCUACCAUGGGCAGCAACAAGCGGAUAGCAAAGUUUCAAGCAGCAAGGCAUCGAUAACAAGUGGCGAUGAAGACAAGUGUCAAUCAGUCUAUCACGAAGAACUGCGCCGUGUGUAUUAUGCAAUGUGGCUCUGGCUCGAUAAAAGCGACCUCUUGGACCCGACCUUUGAUAUUGCUGGCCUGCCCAAACAUUACUGCCCAGAGCUACUGUUGUCCUGUAGAAGUCCAAGCAAUACAGACGAAAAGUCCAAGCCAUGGCAAGAAAUCCAGCUGCUUUGGCUCGAUCUGGUACAAUACGACCAGUUAAGCGAUAUGUUUAGCGAGUUUCCCUGGAUUGGUUCAGACAAGUUCCGCCCCAUCGCCAAGGAGUAUGCCGCAUCCGAGCAAUCAAUCAAGCAGUAUACAGUGCACAAACCCCAAACGCUGCUCGCGCCUGAUCUCCAGCUAAUGAAACCAGCACAGAUUUUAUCAAGCACCGAGCUACUGUCUUCAUCGCCCGAGCUGUUGAUGGGUUCGACCGUUGAGACGCUCUCCCAGCAUGCCAAGCGAUUCUAUGAACACUUGGAGCAGCAACGAAAGCUUGAUGUGGCAUAUAUUGAAAAGCUGGCUACCCUCUAUGUGAACAAGUCCGGCAGCAAACAUGUGGAGGCACCGUGCUCCAAGCGCUGUAAGAAACCGGCCGAGUGGGACAUAAUCGCCAGCUAUACUCAAAAGGACGAUGCUGUUGCAAGCAAGCUGGAGGACAACCGCAAAGAGGCUGCGCGUUUUGUAUUCCGCUCAGUAGAUGCAAGGAUCUGUAUCCAGGCCCUGCUUGCCUUCCGCAAAUUUGAUGCGAUUGUAGAUCAAGCUAGCCAAGGGAAGAGGCAGAAUACAGCAUUGGUUCAGCUGGGGUGGCUAUGUUUACAGUACGUCUUGAAGCACCUAUCCUACGACACCAAAAACUUUCCACCCUCGCGCAUUGUAGUUCUCCACAUGAGCCAGGUAUUGGGCAAGGCAAUAGCAGAUGAUGCGCAAUACGUCGACAAAUUUUUCAAUCUGAUAGCUGAGGAUACGGGCGACAAUGGUGAACAGCGGAUCCAGCUGCUCUAUCCAAUGCUUAAGCCGCACAGUGACAACAAGCACCUGCCAUCAACAAUUGAACGCGUUCUUCGAUACAGUUCUGAUUCGCAGCUGCACCUUUUACCGCUUUUUGAUAUGGCGCUUUGGGCCAAGAGCUCCUAUGCCAGCGACUCGGCGCGCACUACCGUAUACAACCUGCUAUUUACUCAUCUCAAAACAGCCAUCAUCAAGAGUGAUGAAACGCUGUAUACACAAUACUGCAACCUUGUGCUAUCGCUGAUGGACUCAGGAGGCGCCAAGAGCAAGAAGCCAGAACAAGCCAAGGUGCUCGAAUAUGUGUUAAAGCUUCUGGCCGAUACAGCCCAAUACAGCUCAGCACAGGGCCGUCCUGCUGUAGUUGACGCGUUUGCAGCAAAAACUAAAGGAUCCGAAAAGAUCAAUGGCGAUGCCCUGGUUGUGAUGGUGACGCUGCUUGGCAACACUUUCAGCAAAGCCAAUCAUCUCUUUGCGACAUAUGCGAAUGCUGUUCCUGCUCUCUGUCGACUGUUGCAAAACAUCUUUGAUGGUACACGGCUCGCAGAAACACAGAAGGAUGGGCCCGCGUUGAUAUGGCGUCAUUUGGGUCUAUGUUUCCACGCGUGGUGGCGAAACGCUGAUGACCGUUCCCAGCAAAAUCAGUAUACAAACGUGUUUGCGCAACAAUAUUCUCAAGUCCUCCGAAACGCUCUCGGCUAUUUCGACCCGCCCGGACGCGCUAGGUUGUUAAACUGGAUAUUUGGUUACUAUCACGAAAGGUUACUGCAGCUACCUGGAUCUGAGGAAGACGCAUGGAUGGAGCAUUUUGGGAAUACCAUAGCGGGUUUGAACUGGGGCUGUUUGGAUCUAUCACCAGGCCAUCUACGACGGAUACAUCAAACCUGGUCUUCUUUGCGACAACAAGAUUUACACCAGCAUCGGCGACCAAUCUACGUAAGGUUUAUAUGGAAAGUUCUUUUAUCGUGGAUAAUAGCACACCCGCAACCAAGUAUCGAUCCACAACAACGCUGCGAGUAUGUACAAGUUGCGUUUAUGUUUGUUCAAGACGGAGAAAGUGUGUGGCCUGAGGACAAAAAGGAACGUAAGCGUGCUCUCGAUCAGCUGUGGAACACUUUUUGCCACAAUCAUACCAGUCUCUCUGUGGAACAAGUAAGCAGUAUUGUCAAUUCGCUACGCCGCCACUGGGAUACCCCGUUACCAUUACCAUCGGCCGCAUCAAAUGACUCGUUUCUGUCCAUCCUUAUCGACUGGGUGCGCCGGCUAACAUGCUUCAACGAGACCCAAGUUUCGAUGAAACGACGUCGACUUUUCUCAGACUUUAUACUCAAGCUUCUGCCUGAUGAUACCGACAUGCAGCGAGCAUGGACUCAACACAUGUAUCAAGUUGUCAACGAACACGCACCACGAGAAACUGAAGGCCCGGAAUUCGAAGAAACGGUUACGCUAUUCUCCAAUAUGUUACCUAUUGUGUACGAGAUACCCCCCGGAGGAAACGCUUGCAUGCUUUCUGCUGUUUUCGGCGCGCUUGCACGUCCUGCUGCAACCCCGGCUAUCAUUGAGUUGAUGGAGAACACACUGGAACAAAACGUUAUUAUCAGUGCAUCGUCUCCAAACUGGUGCCGGUUAGGCGAGCUACUUUCGCGAUCCAAUCCCGACUAUAGUCUUUUUUUACAGUACUGUUUGGAUCACUCUGCCUUCCUGACAAUGCGUGUCUAUGGAGAAGCCAAACUACAGCAAGAAUGUGCACGCCAAGACUCGGUCAAGCUAGCCAAUCUAGCGGAAGAGGUGGCGGCCAUUAUUUCUAUUGCCAAGGUCGACCGCAAGUCCGCUGUUCAUCUAGUCAAGUUCUUUGCCAUCCUGUUCUGUCGCUCGCGACAACAAGAAGCAAGGUUAAUAGCAAGCAUUGUAUCACUAUCACGGACGGCAAGUCGAUGGGUCAACGCGCACCAGCAUUCUCCCAAACCCGAUCUGGGCAACGAAUGGCAUGUGUUUGUAACAUUGUUGGAUGGAUUUCUUGCUUCACGACUAAUAGCACGCGGCGUGCUCAGUCCUGCACCAGCAUCAGCAGAUUGGGUCAAGCGGAUCGAACUAAUGCGGGCGGACAAAAAAUAUAAGCCCUUCACCCAGGUACUCGGUAAAGGCAUCGAGAUCACACGAGACAGCGAUCGCUGGACGAUCUGGCAGUUGGAUCAAGUAGUGACAGAGUUUGCACGAACAUUACAGCUUUGAUAGAUUUUUUUAUGUUUAUAUAUACAUAUACGAGUUGUAUAAUCUUCAUUUUUAUAAUAUAUUAUAUAUG